AUGGCGAUAAGUCUGCCAAACGUGGGAAGAAAUAGCUUUUAUUACCCUAACUACGUUUAUCAGCCAUUGUAUUCGCACACGCCGUAUCAACAAAUUGCUGCUCCUCUUGUGUCAUACACCAGAGAUAGCAGCUCGACGGUAAUUCCGGCUGUUGUUGAAGUUACCCCCACACCUCAACCAUCUAAUUACGUCUACGCUAAGCACUAUGGAAAUGAAGGCUAUGCUAGAAUAAUUGAACAAGACAGUGACAUAAGCGGCCGCAGCUAUCAAUACAAAUUUAAGACUGAAAAUGGAAUAGCUGCUGGUGAAUCCGGUGUUGUCGAUCCUUCAGUAGGAGGAACCAGAGUAUCCGGAUUUUAUGAAUACGUUGGCGCAGAUGGACUUACUUACAGGGUAGAUUAUACCGCUGACGAAAAUGGCUUCCAUCCGUCUGGCGCUCACUUGCCGAAGUGAAAAACGAAUAACUGCAUGAAAACGAAUUAUAUUUAAUGAGUUACGAAUGGGAAUUAAAGACAGCAUUUGAACAUUCAAA